AUGCCUCGUCCAAUUAGUCCAGAAAUUAGAAGUCAAAUUUUUGCUCUUCAUAAUCAAGGUUACAGUUACAACGAAAUUUCAACUGAAUUGGGUGUAAGCGCCUCGACAGCUUGGCGGUGGGUAAAUUUGUGUCAACAACGUGGUGAUUUAAACACGAGGUAUUUAGGAUCAACAUCUAAUUUAAGUGAAGCUGACAAGGAAAAUCUACUAUUAAAGUGGAUCGAAGAUCCGUUCAAACCAUCGACCGUAAUAAGAAAAGAGUUGGAAUUGGACUGUACGAGUCAAACAAUAAAUAAUUUCUUUCGAUCCCAAGGGAUUAAAACUCGCCAUGCAGCAAUUAAGCCUCGACUAAAUGAGCAACAAAGAAUGAAUCGAGUCGUUUUCGCUACUUUGUAUAAAGAUUUAGAUGUCAACAAAUGUAUCUUCAUGGACGAGAGUUGCUUUUCAUCCUCACGAGAGGGAAUAAAAAAUGUUAAGAGGACAAUUGGUACUCGUUAUGACCAACGGUUUACGAGUAAGUCUGAUCAUUGUACAAGGAAGGUCGUAUCAACAUGGGCAGCGAUUACGGUUAACGGUGUUGGUCCACUAGUGACGCUUGAUUGUAGACUUGAUCAGUAUGUUUACCUUGAGAUUUUAGAUACAUUAAUAGUAGAUUUAGUUAAGUCUCAAUUUGGACAAUCUGAAUGUUUUCUGAUUGAUGACAACUGUCCAGCUCAUCGAGCUAAUCUAAUUAAUGAAUGGCUUAGUUGUUGCAAUUAUCUACACAACAUCAACCUUAAGUUGAUUAAAUUACCUCCAUAUUCACCUGAAUUAAAUUUAAUUGAAAAUGUUUGGGGUUGUAACAAAAAAGAUUUUCUUUAUUCUGAUUGUGUCCCUAAUACUCGAGAUGAGAUGAAAGAUUUCAUUGUUAGCAAUUGGAAUAGCAAAAAGUUGAUUCCUAAUUAUUGUGAAAAUUUGUUUAACUCAUGGACAAAAAGAUGUGAAGACAUCAUUUACAAUGAUGGUUACGCAAUUAAGUAUUGA